AAUAUGAAAAACUCCGUCCGUCAUAAUGGCGGAUAGUAACAUCAUUUAGUAUAUUCUCGACAAAAAUUACUUAUGGAAUUUGCUUUAUUCUAAAUCAUAUAAUCUAAAAUAAGAAUUAUACUAAAGAUGUGAUGUUAUUAUUUUCUAAAUAUAAAAGGAAACGAUAUUACUUUCCAAAGAAUAAUAUAUAUCCCUGAAAGUUUGUUUCCGGCAUAAGACAAAAAUUGCUAUCCGUAAAAAGAAAGUUUUUCACUAAUGGCUUCUUCGUCUGCUGUUGGAAGAAGGAGGGGCAUGGUUAAUCAGUUAAGUACUGAAGAUCAAGCAUUAAAUGAAAUUGCUCGAGAGGCUGAAGCUCGUCUUGCUGCAAAACGUGCUGCAAGAGCAGAAGCAAGAAGUAUCAGAAUGAACGAGCUUGAAAAGAUGCAGAAAGAGGCUGAUCAUCAUAUGGAUAAAGAGUAUGAAAAAGAUUUUGAAGAUUCUCCUAAAAAACGGGUUGUCUCUCGUCUUACAUCUGGGAGUAAAAAAAAUGACAUUAUUGAAAGUCAGUUUGGUUUGGAUACACAAGCUACACAGUUUAAGGAGUUGUAUAAAGAAGCAGAAGAAAAAUAUAGGAAAGCUAUGGUCAGCAUAGCUCAAUUAGAUAAUGAAAAACAAGCACUUCUAUAUCAAGUUGAUUGUCUUAAAGACAAUGUUGAAGAUUUUGAAGAGGCAUUAGAAAAUAUUACAGAUGAACUUUCGCAUAAAAUAAAAGAUUACAACAAACUUUAUAAAGAGCAUGCAGAUCUUCAAAAACAGUUUUCAAAACUUUCUGAUUUACUUAAAGACAGAGAAAGAAUUUUAGAUGAACAUGGAAUUAAUAUAGAUGGCACAUUAAAAGAAGAAACACUUGAUAAAACAGACCAAGUUAAUGAAUCUUCUAAACUCGGAUCAAAUCACAUAGAAAACACAGAUGAGCUUCAUUCUGAAAUUGAAAGGUUACAGAGGGAGGUUAAACUUCUUAAGCUUGAGCAAGAUAAAUGUUAUGUUGUUAAUACCACUCAAAAAGAAGCUGAUACUAUAAGACUGGAACGAACAGAGCUAGAGCGAUCUUUUGUGGAUGUUUCUGAUGAAGCAAGUGCCAUUCAGGAAGAGCGUCGCCAUGCUGGAAUUUUUAUCAACAAUAAUGAAAAAUGUGACGAAUUUGAAGUUAUUGACACUGGAUCUCAGCAAGGCGGCUUACAUCAUUUUGAAGACAAAUCAUUUGAACUCUCAGUUCAAUCAUUAAUGUUAUCUGAGGAUACCGAAAUUGCCAGUGAAUAUGAAUCUGAUCUUCCUCUAGAAUUAAGUGUUGAGAAGAAUAACAAUAAGCAUGACUAUGAAAUAAUUGUCAAUGAAAUUUACAACACACCAAACAAACUUAAUUUACUUGAUAUUGAUCACAUGAUUGAAAAUGAAAGAUCUCCCACUCCUGAUGUUAAAAGUAAUAUUGUUGUUGAUAAAUACUUAUAUUUUGAAGAUAAUGAGCUUAAAAAUGAAGAGCCUAAGUUAAACAUUGACCAAUAUUUUUCAACCGUUGAUCAAUGCAAUUCAAUAAUUGCAGAUAAUGAAGCUAAUAUUAUAGACAGAGUUGUUGAAGAAGAAUCCUACGAUACAAUUGAAAAUAAAGAUUUUAAUCUUAAUCAUGUUGUAGAAGCUCGACAAAGUCCUUAUGUGGAAUUAGAAAAUGAAGCUCUGCGAUAUGCUGAGCUUCCUUUUAAUGAUGCAACAAGCAAUGAUCAAAAUGCUGAUAAUACUGAAACUCUAACUAAUUCAGAGUUGUUUACUAAUAAUGAUAAUUUAGAGUUAAUAAAUAAUUUAGAAAACCACUUUAAUUUGACUCCUAGUGAACUGGAUACUAACCUGAAUAAUUUAAACUCUUUAAAUAGUAUCCCUAACAAAGAUUAUGAUAGUAAUGUAGAUGUUUUGCCAGAUAAUGCUAAUGUACUUGAUAAAUUUGAUAUGUCAAACAAAGAUUGCAAAAUACAAGAUCCAUUUGAUGCCAUUGAAACAGAAGUUAAUAAAACUUUAUAUCAAGUAACUUUGGAUGUUCAUAAGCUUGACGAUAUUUUACCUAAUGAAAAUAAUGAAUCUAUUUUAGUUACCAAGCAAGAUAUUAUAGAAGGUGAAAAGCCUUUUUGUUAUAAUGAAGAAGUUUCUAAUGAGAAAAAUACUUUUAUUAGUCAAGAAGUUAUUGAUCUUUACGAAACAUCUGCUGGUGAUGCUAGUUGCCAACCUAAAGCAGAUCACAAUAUGCUAAGUAAUAUAGAAGCAGGAAGUUCUAAUGAUGUUACUCAGACAAUUUGUGAAGAAAAUAUAGGUGAUGAAAUGAAACGAAAAGGAUGCAUAGUGCGUGUUGAAAGUUUUUCACAAGCUACUCCUCAAUCUGCUGAGUUAAAAGAAGUUAAAGAAGUUUUUGAUUUUAAAAAUGAACAAAUAAACCUUGCUCACAAUUCUAAGGAUAAAAAAUCAAAGAAAAAGAAAAAUAAAUCUAAAAGUAAUGAAAGUAAACUUGAAAAUCAUAAUCCUGAGUGCCCAGCAACUCUAGGACUAUUUGUCCCUGAAAUUUCUUUACUUGGCUAUUCAGACUCUCGUAUAGAUCAGCAUCGUCAUUCUGACAUUCCACAACAGUUUCUAGAAGUGUCACAUGGACUUGGCAGUGUUUCUGAUGUUUCAGAUACAGAAGAAAGUGAUAUACCUAAACGUUCUAGUACAAAAAAACAAAAUAAAAAAGACGCUUGUAAAAGUCAAUGAAAAAUAUUCUUUCAAAUAA